GAUGCAAUUGAUACUAUGUCAAGGCUUGGUUAUACUGUAUGCGCUAAAAUGGUAGAAAAUUUUCGAAAAAAGAUUCGAGAUGAACAUGUAAAAAAAACUGAGGAACAUUUUAUUAAACAUAAAGACUGUUUUCACAUAUAUAAUAUCGAUGACUACUAUGCUAUUCACGAAAUUCAGAGACCUGAUACAGUUACAACAUCUGAUACAAAACAUUUUGUUACAUGUGUAGCAAAACCUGUUUUAGGCUCCCGAUCUGUUUUACUUGUAAAUAAUA